AUGUUGCGAGCAACUCGCCGACCCGCCUUCCCAGUGAGCUUCCAACUCCUGAGUGUUGUGCUGGUGUUGCUCUUCCAUGCAGACGGCAUACAUGCGGAGAGCCCCAGCGAAUUGCCUGUGAAUGACACCGAGGAGUGCACUGGCUCAUACAUCUGCAAAAAGGGUGUGAUUUUACCAAUAUGGGAACCCCAAGACCCCUCAUUCGGUGACAAAAUUGCUCGGGCAACAGUGUAUUUUGUAGCGAUGGUGUACAUGUUCCUGGGGGUAUCUAUCAUAGCUGACCGCUUCAUGUCCUCCAUCGAAGUCAUUACAUCCCAAGAACGGGAAAUAACCAUCAAGAAGCCCAAUGGUGAGACAAGCAAAACCACAGUGAGGAUCUGGAAUGAGACAGUUUCCAACCUCACACUGAUGGCCUUGGGCUCAUCUGCCCCUGAGAUCCUCUUGUCUGUUAUCGAAGUGUGUGGCCAUGGCUUCACAGCAGGGGACUUGGGGCCAAGCACAAUUGUGGGGAGUGCUGCAUUUAACAUGUUUGUCAUCAUCGCGAUCUGUGUUUACGUUGUUCCAGAUGGAGAGAUAAGAAAGAUCAAGCACUUGCGAGUGUUUUUUGUUACAGCGGCCUGGAGCAUCUUUGCCUACACUUGGCUUUACAUUAUUUUAUCUGUGUCUUCUCCUGGGAUUGUGGAGGUUUGGGAGGGCUUGCUCACCUUCUUCUUCUUCCCCAUCUGUGUGGUGUUUGCCUGGAUAGCUGACAGGAGGCUUUUAUUUUACAAGUAUGUCUACAAGAAAUACCGUGCUGGCAAGCAGAGAGGCAUGAUCAUUGAGCAUGAGGGUGACCGGCCCUCCUCCAAAGCUGAUAUUGAGAUGGACGGAAAGGUUGCUAAUUCUCAUGUGGAGAAUUUUUUGGAUGGGACACUGGUGUUGGAGGUGGAUGAGAAAGACCAGGAUGAUGAGGAAGCCAGGAGGGAAAUGGCUCGGAUCCUGAAGGAGCUGAAACAAAAGCACCCCGACAAAGAAAUUGAACAGCUUAUAGAGUUGGCCAACUACCAGGUCCUGAGCCAGCAGCAGAAGAGCAGGGCAUUUUACCGCAUUCAGGCCACUCGGCUCAUGACGGGAGCUGGCAACAUCUUGAAGAGACAUGCUGCAGACCAGGCCCGCAAAGCUGUCAGCAUGCACGAGGUCAACAGUGAGGUGGCAGAAAAUGAUCCUAUCAGCAAGCUCUACUUUGAGCAGGGUACCUACCAGUGUCUGGAGAACUGUGGCACUGUCGCCCUAACCAUCAUUCGCCGGGGAGGUGACUUGACCAACACGGUGUACGUUGACUUCCGGACAGAGGAUGGGACGGCCAAUGCAGGCUCUGACUAUGAGUUCACUGAAGGGACAGUGGUCUUCAAGCCUGGAGAGACCCAGAAGGAAAUCCGUGUUGGCAUAAUCGACGAUGACAUAUUUGAGGAGGAUGAGAAUUUUCUGGUCCAUCUCAGCAAUGUCCGUGUGAGCACUGAGGCCUCAGAUGAGGGCAUUCUUGAGGCCAGUCGUGUCUCAACACUUGCCUGCCUAGGAUCACCAUCUACUGCCACUGUCACCAUCUUUGAUGAUGACCACGCUGGCAUCUUCACCUUUGAGGAGCCAGUAACACAUGUUAGUGAAAGUGUGGGGACCAUGGAAGUUAAAGUGUUGCGAACCUCUGGUGCACGAGGAAAUGUUAUUGUGCCCUACAAAACCAUUGAAGGCUCAGCCAAAGGUGGAGGAGAAGACUUUGAAGACACCUGUGGGGAGCUGGAGUUCCAGAACGAUGAGAUAGUGUAA